GGCCUUGUCCCUUACACACAGCGUCUGGCUACGUUUCCCUUUCUCCCCCUCCCCUCUCUACUCUUCAUCCUGUUUGUCUGGCCGGUCCCGGACGCCGCUCUUUUUCAAAGCUUUCGGAACUGUAUCAUUAAUCGACAAGCACGACCAUGGGUGAAAGCUGGUUCCGUAGAGAGUUCCUGACCCCGAGGAGGCUCGCGUUCAACGUAAUAUUCUAUGGCAUACACUUCGCACUCUUUGCAUAUGGGUGGUACAGCCAGGAAACCAACACGAAGCUGGCUGCCCUCAACGGCCUCAAAUGGUCCGUAUGGACCUCCCGAGGUGCAGGUCUCGUCCUCGCCUUCGAUGGUGGUAUGAUCCUGGUCCCUAUGCUUCGCAACGUCAUCCGCGUUGUGCGCCCCAAGCUCCAGUGGUUAUUCCCUGCAGAUGAGAACAUCUGGUUCCACAGGCAGGUCGCGUACUCUAUGGCUUUCUGGGCCAUGGUACACACAACAGCGCAUUAUGUCAACUUCUUCAACGUCGAGCGGACCCAGGUUCGACCUGAAAUUGCGCUGGAUAUCCACUAUACUCAAGCAGGCGGUAUCACCGGCCAUUUCAUGCUCCUCAUCAUGUUCCUCAUGUACAGCACUGCGCACCACAAGAUUCGGCAGCAGUGCUUUGAAGCUUUCUGGUACACUCACCACCUUGCGUUCUUUUUCAUGAUUGGGUUGUAUACCCAUGCCACCGGUUGCUUCGUCCGUGACUCCGCCGAACCUGCCUACUCUAAAGUAUUCCCCUUCUAUACCACGGAUCAUUGCUUGGGUUACGAGAGUUGGAGAUUCACUAUCUGGCCCGGCAUCCUCUACUUCGGCGAGCGCGUCUGGCGAGAAAUCCGGGCCAGACAGGCGACAAGGUUGUCAAAGGUCCUCGUCCAUCCUAGCGGGGCCAUGGAGCUGCGCAUCAUCAAGCCAAGCUUCAAGUAUGUUGCUGGUCAAUGGCUCUUCAUCCAGGUUCCCGAAAUCUCCAAGCUCCAGUGGCAUCCCUUCACUAUCACUUCAGCUCCGGAAGAUCCUUACGUCUCUGUUCACAUUCGUCAAGUUGGUGACUGGACCCACGCCCUAGGCGAGCGCCUCGGCGCUGGCCCUCAGGUUGUCGCUGCCAUGACUAAGGCUGCCAUGAAUGGUACUGAGAAAGACGAGAAGCUGACAAUGCUCGGCGCUACCCGCGGCGAUUUCGUGGAGAUUGAAGGUGGAGCCGGUGCACAAGCACUGCCGACAGUCAGGAUCGACGGACCGUACGGCGCGCCUGCUGAAGAUGUAUUCAACGUGGAAGUGGCAGUCCUGAUUGGUGCUGGUAUCGGUGUUACGCCUUUCGCUUCGAUUCUCAAGCAUAUCUGGUACCGCCAGAAACGUGGCAACUUGGGUUCUCUCCGCCGGGUAGAAUUCUUCUGGGUGUGCCGUGACGCUCCCUCCUUUGGUUGGUUCCAGAGCCUUUUGCAGGAAGUCGAAGCUGCCCAGGCUGAUCCCAACUUCUUACGUAUCAACAUCUAUCUCACGCAGAAGAUCAGUGAGGACAUGCUGUGGAACAUCGCUGUGAACGAUGCGGGCGCGGAAUACGAUCCUUUGACUCUCCUCCGUACUCGCACCAUGUUCGGCCGUCCCGACUGGAAGAGCAUUUACGGUCGGAUGAAGCAGGCCAUCGAGACAGGCCAGUAUCUCCCGGGUACGAAUUCUCAGCUCAAGACUAAAGUCGGGACGUACUUCUGUGGACCCGGUGUCCUUGCGAAGGCCAUCAAGGAGGCUACGGUCGAAUCCUCCUCGUCCGCUGUAGAGUUCUCGUUCGCGAAGGAACAUUUCUAGUCGACGCGCACUGUGAUGCUAUAUUGAACGCUCGCUUUCUUAUCGGACCAUCUUGUCGUAUUUAAUGUACAGCUAGCUUUCUUGAGUUCGAAUCUCAUGCUUGUAUACCUUACUUCUGGAAGUAGGGCUUUCGGUGGAAGCCAAUGAUAAAAGAGCGAGUACUGGUGAACCUAC